GAGGUGGAGGGGGUGGUUUUGAGACGAAGCACUCACACUCACUGUUGCCUCUCAUAACAGGGAUCUUUACGUAAACAGGAGACCUGAGGACUGGAGAGGGAGAGAGACAGAGAAGAGAGAGAAGAGAGAGAAGAGAGGAGAAGAGAGAAGAGAUCAUCUCUGCAGACUCAUUCCAUCCAGACUCGGACCUGCAUAGAGGAGAGAGAAAGAGAGAGAGAGAGAGAGAGAGAAAAAAAACACACACACACACUCACUCACACACACACACACACACACAGCGUCCUCCAUCCAGUGAUCAGAGCAAUGCUGCAAGAUCGGAAAAAAAUCAGGAACCACCAUUCUGCUGCCCGAAAUGCCAGAGGUGUCGUGCAAUCCUCGUCGCAGGAGGUCGAGCCCCAGAUGACUGGGGAUUUUUUUCCUUAUCUGUUUGGAUCGUCGAUUCUUUCCCGUUUCGUGGUCGGUCGGAGCCUCUCCUGAAAAGGCGUUGCUGACGCCUUCUUGUAGUGAAUCGUGAGCCUCAUUUCAUGCAUGUCCAGGGGGGGCAGGUUCGAUUUUGACGAUGGAGGGUCGUACUGUGGAGGUUGGGAGGAUGGCAGGGCUCAUGGACACGGCAUCUGCACCGGCCCCAAGGGCCAAGGAGAGUAUGCGGGCUCCUGGAGUCACGGCUUCGAGGUGUUGGGGGUCUACACCUGGCCAAGCGGCAACACCUACCAGGGCACCUGGGCACAGGGCAAGAGGCACGGCAUCGGAGUGGAGAGCAAAGGGAAAUGGGUCUACCAGGGAGAGUGGAGCCAUGGAUUCAAAGGGCGAUACGGGGUUCGAGAGAGCACGGCCAGUGGAGCCAAGUACCAGGGGACCUGGAGCAACGGACUGCAGGAUGGCUAUGGUACAGAAACCUACAGAGAUGGAGGUACCUACCUGGGACAGUGGGUUGGAGGAAUGCGCCAUGGAUACGGUAUCCGGCAGAGUGUCCCUUAUGGAAUUGCUGCUGUUAUCAGGUCCCCACUUAGGACUUCUAUUAACUCUCUAAGAAGUGAGCACAGUAACGGCACAGCUAUUCAUCCAGACACUCCAGCUGGAAGCCCUGCAGGAUCAAGAGGGGGCUUUGUCCUCACUAUGCAUAGUGACACUGAUCUUGCUGCAGGUAAAAACAAGAAGAAAGGGAUUUUUCGCCGGUCUCUUCUGAGUGGGCUGAAACUCCGCAAGUCUGAGUCAAAAAAUUCCUUGGCCAGCCAAAGAAGCAAACAGAGCUCAUUCCGAAGUGAAGCUGGGAUGAGUACAGUCAGUUCUACUGCUAGUGACAUCAACUCAACCAUGAGCUUGGGUGAGGGUGAGACAGAUUUGUCGGUCAUCGAAGAUGACAUAGACGCAACAACAACAGAGACCUACAUAGGAGAAUGGAAGCAUGACAAGCGUUCUGGUUUUGGGGCAAGUCAACGAUCAGAUGGCCUGAAAUACGAAGGGGAGUGGUUGAGCAACAAGAGGCAUGGUUAUGGAUGUACAACAUUUCCAGAUGGUACAAAAGAGGAAGGCAAAUAUAAACAGAAUGUGUUAGUGAGUGGGAAGAGGAAGAACCUGAUUCCUUUACGGACGAGUAAGAUCCGUGACAAGGUGGACAGAUCAAUGGAAACAGCGGAGCGAUCUGUAGCUGUCGCCAAACAGAAAGCUGAGAUCGCUGCAUCCAGGACAGCACAUGCCAAGUCAAAGUCCGAGGGGGCUGUAGCAGCUGCUCAGAAAGCUCAGGAGGAAUGUCAGCUCGCCAGGAUCACUGCCAAAGAGUUCUCACCCUCCAUCCAGCACCCAGGCAAUGGGAUUGAGUAUCAGAGGCCAAAACACCAGAACUCAACUGACAAUGAAAUAGAUAGGAUCUCAUCGGAAAGUCUAGCCCAGCAAGAGAGUCCAGAACUGUACAGGAAGGGAACAACACCUCCCGAUCUUACUCCAGAGAACAGCCCUGUGCCAAGCCGGACAUUGACUCCACCAGCCGGCUCCCCACCAAAGUACAGAAAUAAAAGUUCGAGGUUGGUGAGACACUUGGACUCCGAAAAUGAUCAGGGCCAAGAUAUUCAAGUGUUACUGGAAGGAGGGAGGGGCGAGUACCUAAGGUCAAGUAACUGGAACGAGAAACAGUCGGGCGGCAGCAGUAGGGGAGGCAGCAAAGGAAGCAGCCUCUCAAAUACAUCUUCCUUGUCUGAGGAGAUCAGGGGAAGAGGCAGUGGCUGCAAAUACUCUUCUUCCAACCACAGGCCCACGGAGAGAGAGACGGAAUCGCCAACCAUUUCAUGGACAUCAUACCGCUCACAUAAUCAUUCAGGGAACAGGCUGCAUGAGCAGGACGAAGAAAAGUUUAGCAACUAUGAAAUGGAGAUGAAACCCCUAAGACGCAGGGAUUCCUACGUGCAAGACACGUUUUCGGAAAAGCACUGCAGUAACUUCAGCCCCAAGAACCUAAUGGAAGAUUACCACCCAGACUUUCUCAGCUAUGGAGUUCAGAGGCUAAGGGCCACAUCACAAAAUAAAGAGAACUUCAAAUCCGCAUCCCCCUCUGAGACCAACGUACAAAGGCUGGAGAACCUCAGAGUGAAUGUAAAAUUGGAGUCUCGACCGCCAAGGCAUGACAAUAGUGCAUCAUCAAAGUCAGUAACUGCUCUACAGUCUGAAGAGGAAGUUAUGAUUCCAUAUAAAUCUAAUUCAGGCUCCAAUCCCAUCCUGGUUGCUAUGGUGAUUUUGCUAAACAUCGGUGUCGCCAUUUUGUUUAUUCACUUUUUUAUUUGAAUGCCUAUUGUCAACUUAACAAGGGAAAACACAAAAC